CUAGCGUCACACAGCCGUCCGGGGAACUAGCAGUAGUUCAGCAGUUGCAGAAGUGCCGGAGGAGCAUAGACACAACGGUGGGUGCUACGAGAUCAUCGGCGCUGUUUGCGUGGCAGAAAAGGCACACAACCAACCUGAAAAAUGAGAUGCACGGUAAGAACGAAGAAAACUCUCGUCUUUGGCAUUGGAGGGGGCAUGCUCGUAGUGGGAGUGUUCUUGGGAGGAUUCAUGAGCAUGAUAGUGGACAGCAUUUUAAAAUCUCAACUAGUUUUAUCUGAAGGUUCGACAAGCUACAACAACUGGAUAGAACUUCCCAUCCCGAUGUACAUGGAAUUCUACAUUUUCAAUGUUUCCAACGCAGCUGAGUACGAACAGGAUCCAACCAUUAAACCAAAUUUAGUGGAAAUGGGACCAUAUGUAUACAGGGAAUAUCAUAAAAGAAAUAUCACAGCCUGGAAUGAUAACGAAACGGUAACUUUUCAGAAUAUAAGAACAUGGUACUUUGAUGAAAAAAAUUCUGUUGGCCCUGAAGAUGAUCUUGUCACAACUAUAAACGUCGUGCCUGCGCAUCUGCGCCCUAUAGAGAACAUGGACACCAACGGACUGGAACUCCGACCACCUGUUCCACCACAGCAGACACAGGACACCACACAAGAGAUGCAGCUGACGGCCGCUCCAGGCUCAUCCGUGGUGGCUGCCAGUGCUUCCACCGAGAGCGUGAUAGGCCAGGCCCAAGACGGAGGAUACGCAACCCAAACAGCCGAAGCGGAAGCAAGGCAACGGAAACAGCGUUCGCCGAAGAGAAGAAAGAAGGGUCGACUGACUUCUGCUGACGAUACCCAUAGUCCCGAGGGGACAGUGGACGACAACGACAGUAUCGACCUGAGACCAGUGGAUUCAACAGAUACCGAGAUGACGGUGCAGGAAUUACACAGCGACGAUAACUUGGAUUCUCCUUCUGAUGACCGGAAGGCAGAAGUGGAGAUGACAACUGUCCAACAUGAGAGUGGUGACAACGGUGCCUACCAUCCUUCGGUUCUUAACUACAUGUCUCGUAACAUGAGUACUGGGAAAAAGCUGGUUGUUUCGUCACUUUUGGAUAUCACUAACGAAACAAUGUUUGUGACUAAAUCUGUGAGGGAAUUAAUGUUCGACGGAUACUUCGAUCUUCUGCUCAACUUUACAAAUGAACUGUCAUUACCAAUUCCAUUUGAGGAGUUCGGAUACUUUGUUGAUAGGAAUGGCUCGGAAACUUACGAUGGUGUGUUCAACAUGUACACUGGCGAGAGCAAUCUAGACCUUCUGGGAACAGUGGCAAAUUGGAAUUAUAUGAAUGAAACUCCUUACUUCGAUUCGCCGUGCAACAAAAUCAGCGGUACCACUGGAGAACUUUGGGCGCCAAUCAAAAGUACAGCUGACGUCGGAAUAUUUGCUCCUGAUGUUUGUUCCAGUCUUGAACUGAGGAAAAACAUAAUUGCGACACUGAAGAUGAAGUACAGCGGCGAAGCGGAGAUCCACGGGCUGCGCGGCUACGGCUACCUGCUGUCGGAUGACGUGUUCAACGCGAGCAGCGCGGAGGGCGCGUGCUUCUGCCUGGCGGGCAAAGACUGCGCGCCGGCGGGGCUCAUGAACGCGUCCGCCUGUCGCUUCAACGCGCCCGUCUUCGUCUCGAGGCCUCACUUCCUGCUCUCGGAUCCCUCGCUGGGCGCUGCCGUCCAGGGGCUGCAGCCCGACCCGGACAAGCACAACUUCACGCUCGGCAUUGAACCGUUCACGGGAAUCCCCCUGUACGUGAACGCGCGUCUCAUGCUGAACGUCAUGCUGGAGCCUGUGGAGCUAAUUUCGUUCUACGAAAAACUGCCCGGAAGAAUUUAUUUUCCGGCUUUCUGGUUUAAUCAGAAGGCAGUACUAACAGAAGAUUUAGCCAUGCUGGCAAAGUUUAUUAAGAAUGCGUCUGCCCUCGGUAUGGGUCUUUUCUUUGGCAUGGCAGGCAUCGGCUUGAUAAUGGUGUUCGUCGGCGGAAUCUUGACGCUGUGCCAUAGAUGGAAAGAUUCGUAA